AUGAAAAAUAUACUGUUGGGAAUUUCAUUUACUAUAGUGGUAGUACUAUUACUAAAUACGGCGUCAUCGGAAGCUGCUAAUACAAAAACUCUAACUUUGGAUAGAAAAACAAGCGAUGAUAUCAACCCAGCUCUAUCGUCACAAGAUACGAAUGAGAACGGAGACAUGCUCAUACGUCGCUCAAGAGAGAUAGGAUCUAUACUACUCGCUGUUCAAAAUCAAAUCAAGAGUAUAAUCCUAGAUAUUAUUAGAGAAGCUUAUAGUUCUGCUAAAAGUUUUACAUCUCGUCUUAUGAACAAAUUAUUAAGUAAAUUGCAAAUGUUCACGUUGUCAGAUGUGUUGCGGGCGUUAAUGAACAGUUUUACAGAAUCAACGUCAGAUUUGGGGGGUGAUUUAUUCGUUGAGAGUGCAUCGGAACCAGUGGAAAUCGAUUCUUGGGAAGCGAGAGUUUACAGAAAUCCAUAUCACAUUUCUUCUUUGCUGAAUUCAGACUAA